AUCGGGUCAGUCAGUCAGUGGCAAGAAAAAAUGGCGGAUGUCGAGUUGAACGUCGACAACCUGAUAGAAAGAUUGUUGGAAGUAUACCACACGCAGAAAGACCAGGUUCAGAAGAAAGCCAAGCUAAAAGAUAUUUUCUCGUCGGAUUUUGUCGUCAGAGGAAGCCGGCCAGGGAAGACCGUGUUAAUGUCAGAGGGCGAGGUGCGCGGCCUUUGCCUCAAGUCACGGGAGAUUUUCCUACAACAGCCGAUCCUUUUGGAAUUGGAGGCGCCACUUAAGAUCUGCGGCGAUAUUCACGGACAAUACCACGAUCUGUUACGAUUGUUCGAAUACGGCGGUUUCCCGCCAGAGGCGAACUAUCUGUUUCUCGGAGAUUACGUCGAUCGGGGCAAACAGUCGUUGGAGACGAUAUGCUUGCUCCUAGCGUAUAAGAUCAAAUACCCGGAAAAUUUCUUCCUGUUGCGCGGGAAUCACGAGUGCGCAAGCAUAAACAGGAUAUACGGGUUCUACGACGAGUGCAAGAGACGGUACAACAUCAAAUUAUGGAAAACGUUCACGGAUUGUUUUAAUUGUUUGCCGAUCGCCGCGAUCGUUGACGAAAAGAUAUUCUGUUGCCACGGUGGACUCAGUCCGGAUCUGCAGAACAUGGAACAAAUCAGAAGAAUUAUGCGGCCGACCGAUGUACCUGAUACUGGCCUUCUCUGUGACUUGUUAUGGUCAGAUCCGGAUAAGGAGGUCCAGGGCUGGGGAGAGAAUGAUAGAGGUGUUUCGUUCACGUUCGGUCCGGACGUAGUAUCCAAGUUCUUAAAUCGUCACGAUAUGGAUUUAAUAUGUAGAGCGCAUCAGGUUGUCGAGGAUGGUUACGAAUUUUUCGCGAAACGCCAAUUGGUCACUUUGUUUUCCGCGCCGAAUUAUUGCGGAGAAUUUGACAACGCCGGUGGAAUGAUGAGCGUCGAUGAAACCCUAAUGUGCAGUUUUCAGAUAUUGAAACCAGCGGAGAAGAAAGCAAAGUAUCAGUUUGUAGCAGUGAAUACAGGCCAGGGCACGAGACCAUCUACACCACAGAGGAAUCCAGUGAAAAAGAAAUGACAGCCUCGCGUUCAGUUUUUAACAUCAACGCCGUUAGUGGAUGCUCUUGUGUUAGGUAAACUGAUUUGGCAUUUAAGGAAACUUAUCAUUAAUUUCAAUAAAUGGAACCUAAUAUUAAACAUAACAUUAAGGGAAUUUAAACUAAUAGACAAGAAAAUUUAUAUUAACGAGUAAUGUUUAAGAGCAUAAUGUUGUAAAAUACGCUCUACCACUACCAGCAGUUACACCGGGAAAUGAAUAAGAAAACAAUGGGUGAGAUAUUAUAGUGCUGUUUGAUCGUCAGAAAUUAUUUGUGAUCGUCAAAGACUUUAAAACGCAGUUUUAACUUUAUUUUUUUUUUUUUUUUGCGUAUGAUUUUAAUGUAGAUAUUUUAGUAUAUAAUUAUGUUGACUGAUUAGUAAUUAAAAAAAAAAAAAUUAAUCGUA